AAGUUAGUCUUUCCAAAUUUUCAGCCUGGGAAAUGUCUUUACACUACUGUGAGAGAAGUUGUUGAGAAUGCACUUGAUUCUGCUGAAUCCAUCUCUGAACUUCCAGUUGUAGAGAUAACCAUUGAAGAGAUAGGCAGAAGUAAAUUUAAUUCCAUGAUUGGUCUGGCUGACCAUGAACGUAGAGAUGAAGCCCUAUAUGAUGAUUUUGAGACAGCAAAGGCUCGUGAGAAAAGACUUGCCAAGGAAGCUCGGGUUCUAGAGAUUCAAGCAAAGAAUGUUGCUCUUGGGAAAAAAGUAAAAGACCCUGCAGCUACAAAGGCAGCUAAGGGUAGGGAGGCAUCAUAUUAUAGGGUGACAUGCAAGGAUAAUGGAAGAGGAAUGCAACAUGAUGAUAUCCUGAAUAUGUUUGGACGAGGACUUCACAAAGGCUAUGGGUGCAGGAUUGAUGUUGAGUUUUCUGCUUCUUUAGCACUCCUAGAGCAUGUUAUUGAGGCUACCAAGUACUUCAUCAUUAUAGGCGGCUUUUCCAUGCGGCAGUAUAUUUCAGAACUUAUGCCAUUAAUUGUUGAAGCUCUACUGGAUUGGGUUGCCAUUACCAAAUAUGAAUUGGAUGUUUCAACAUUUGGUCAAGUUGUACUGAGUACAGGGUGA